AUGGAAAUUCAAGUUAGCUGGCAAUCGGUUGAGAAUGCAAGGAUUCAGGUCUUGGAUGAUGUAAUUUUUAGUUUGGGAAACAAAUUAGGUAUUGCUUCACGCAAGGUCCGAGCAGAUACUAGAAAGCGUGUGAAAGGAAAGUUCCCUGAGAAUACAACCGUGCUGGACUUCCCUGAGAAAUACACCGAUGAAAGUUCUUCAUCAUUAACAUCAUAUAGCGAGGAUGAUAUUCAGAGCAUCAAAUACAAUGUCUGGGCCAACCCCAAUGGAAACAAAGAACUGGAUGCUGGAUACCAGGAAGCUCAGCAGAAAGCUAGUGGAUGCCCUGUCUUCUUGUUUUUCUCAGUCAACACAAGCGGGCAAUUUGUUGGUUUGCGGACAAUGGUGGGCCCGGUUGAUUUUAACAAGUCCGUGGAGUACUGGCAGCAAGACAAGUGGAAUGGUUGUCAUGUCAAGUGGCAUAUUGUCAAGGAUGUACCUAACAGUGUUCUCAAGCACAUCACAUUAGAGAACAAUGAUAACAAGCCAGUGACAAACAGUCGAGAUACUCAGGAGGUAAAACUGGAGCAGGUCUUCAAUAUGCUCAAUUUUAAGGAGCAUGCGAGCAAGACAUCCAUUUUGGAUGAUUUCAUGUUCUAUGAGAACCGCCAGAAAUUGAUGCAAGAGAAAAAGGCCAAGCAACAGCUUCAGAAACAGGCCUGGGAUGGAAAACUUCGGAUGCGGUUGCUGGAGAGAAAGAGAAGGGAUGCUGCUAAUGGGAAGCCCAGAUUGCAGAAACCUUUGGAAUCUGUUACAAUUUUGGGCAAGGAUGUGCAGCAGGGUGGCCGUGAGGAGCGGAAGCCAUCCGAGAAAAAUGGUGUCGCUGCAGAAGCUGGUGAUGCCUUGAAGAUGGCUAAACCAGCAACAGAGAAGCGAGCUAUUGCGAAUGGUGCUGCCAGUGGAUGUUAGGUUAGCCAUUGGAACUUUCUAGAAGUGGUUUUGGAAGACCUUUUUGUUGGCUCAAAUAAAUGUCGCUAUAGCUGGGAAUCCGAAACACAUAUUUUAAGGCUGCAGAAGAUUACAUUUGGGGUGCUGAGAUCUUGGGCUGUGAAAGCCUUCAUAGCGUUUGGCGUGUGAUCAGGCGUGUUUUCUCAAUGCCUUUAAUGCUGAGUUGAGUUGCUGGUUUCUCAUCUGGGACUGUCGUUAGGUUUAGGAAUAUGGGGUUUUAUAGUGUUGAGUAGAGUGUACUGACAAGUUUCUUGUUGGCCAAUUUUAGUUUUGGGGUUUGGAUUAGAUUGUUUUCUACUUCAAAUUGUCGUUCCUUUUAUGAAAACCGUUGCUUCUCCUGUAAA